AUGUCCUCCUGCAUUUGCUUGGGUCCCAAAAGGGCGGGUAAAACUCACCUGCUCAAAGCUUUGCAAGAUCCAGAUUCCAUAGACGAGACCACCUUUUCAAUGCCCACCAUUGGAACUGGGAUUUACCGCAUCCAUUUUCCAACAAAAUCGCCCAACGGGGAUAAACUUAGGCCCCCUCCCGCAGAUACUCAGCUUAACAUACCCCAAGGCGGUAAAAAUUUGCCCAAAUCUAUACAAAUUUUGGAGAUCGGAGGAAGUAUGGCUCCCUUGUGGCGACAGUACUUCGAGGAUGUCAAGAAGCUUAUUUAUGUGGUGGACACUUCUAAUCUCUGCCAGAUUUCCGCAGCUGGUGUUCUUUUCUAUUCAAUUUUAACAGAACCGCGACUUCAGCACAACACAAAGAUCCUUUUGGUUUUGGCCAAAAUGGAUUACUCCUACCGUCAGAUGCGAAACGAGGCCCUACUUAUGCUGCAGAUGUCCAAAUUACAGAAGCAAAUUCGCCAGCAGGUUACAAUUGUGGAGGCCAGCGCAGUAACCAAAGUGGGUCUAGAUCCCAUCUACGAUUGGCUCCAGAGACCCUAA